ACGAGAAGCUGUUGAGAGAGAUACAUCAGGACCAAAGUCAGAGAUGCAAAGCCAAACAAAAAGAACUUCACUGAAAGGGUUACUUACCAAAUAGUGCUGCAGUGCAUUGGAAGAAAGCUUAAUGUGAAGACCCCGCUCUCUCUUUAGUGUGCUGAAAGAUCACCAAACAAGGACACCUGCUUUUACCUGUGCACAUCUUUGGAAGUGUCUGGACCAGGGUUUCACCAUCUUGUGUUCUUCAAUGCUGAUGGAAUCUCCAGUGCAGAUUUUCCGUGAGGGUGAGAUGGGUCAAAGAUUACUUCCAGAGGACAUUACCUGCUCACCUGGGUGUACACCUCCAUGUUCUACAGGUUGUCCCAACUCUAGCUGGUUGCUUGGCUGGGGGGACUAUGACAACAAUAGUGAGUACUCUGACUCACCUGCCCAUGAAAGCAACCACACCAGCAUCUCUCCCACCCUGUCUGUCAUCAUUACAGCUGUCUACUCUAUGGUUUUUGUUGUUGGCUUGGUGGGAAAUGCUCUAGUGAUGUUUGUAAUAAUCAGGUAUACAAAAAUGAAAACUGCAACAAACAUUUAUAUUUUCAACCUGGCUUUAGCGGACGCGUUAGUGACUACCACAAUGCCUUUUCAAAGCACUUCAUUCCUAAUGAGUUCUUGGCCUUUUGGAGAUGUACUCUGUAAAAUUGUUGUUUCUAUUGACUAUUAUAAUAUGUUCACUAGCAUAUUUACUUUGACCAUGAUGAGUGUUGAUCGAUAUAUUGCGGUUUGUCAUCCCGUCAAGGCUUUGGAUUUCCGCACACCACUGAAAGCAAAAUGUAUUAAUGUAUUUAUCUGGAUGCUUUCGUCCUCUGUUGGAAUAUCUGCUAUUGUACUUGGAGGCACAAAAAUUGUUGAUGGUAGUACAGAAUGUGCCCUACAAUUCCCAAGUCAUUAUUGGUACUGGGAUACAGUAAUGAAAAUUUGUGUGUUCAUUUUUGCCUUCAUAAUACCUGUAUUUAUUAUAACAAUAUGUUAUACUCUAAUGAUCCUUCGACUAAAAAGUGUUCGUCUUCUUUCUGGAUCUCGUGAAAAGGACCGAAAUCUUCGCCGCAUUACACGCCUGGUACUUGUUGUUGUAGCUGUGUUUAUUGUUUGUUGGACUCCUAUCCAUAUUUUUGUGCUCGUAGAAGCACUUGUAGACGUACCACAAAAUAUUGCAGUUAUCUCGAUUUAUUAUUUUUGCAUUGCUUUGGGUUAUACCAAUAGCAGCCUAAAUCCAAUACUAUAUGCAUUCUUAGAUGAGAAUUUCAAAAGAUGCUUCAAAGAUUUUUGUUUUCCGUCCAAGCUUAGAUUGGAUCGGCAAGGAAACAGCAGAGUCAGAAACACAGUACACGACCCAGCAUAUACCAGGGAUGGUGAAAGGACAGAUAAACCCGUAUGACUAGCAGUGGAAAUGACGUCUUUUACACCCCAAGGAAGAGGGGAUCAAAAUGAACUGGGAUUAACUCAGAUAACUUCUGCAGUAUAAACAAAACUGGAACAGACUUUGUUAGAACUCUAUUUAUUUUUCUUUAGAUCGAUACUCAAUGAACUCAAUGACAAACGUCUUGUCUUAAUCCACCAUGCGUAUGCUAAACAGUCCAAUUCCGAUUUUGAACACAAAUGAUAAAUAGUAUUUAGUAAAUUCAUAGAAAAUAUUUAAAAGUAUUUCUGUAAGGAAAU